AUGGUUGAACACAUUACCAGACCAGCAAAAAAAACAGAGCGCAGACUUGACAAGAGAUACACUGUCCUUUCACUUGAUGGCGGUGGCGUUAGAGGUCUAAUGACAACAAUGAUUUUGGCUUCAAUCGAGGAGCAGAUCUCUGCAAAAAUUGGAAAAACUUUCAAAAUCACAGAUGCUGUUGACUGCAUAAUCGGUACAUCAGCAGGAGGCUUGAUCGCCUUAGGUCUUUCUGCUGGAUUCAGCGCUGUAGAAUUAAGAGAUUCAGUUAUGGAGGAGAUGAUCCCCGCAACUUUUAGCAAGCCAAGAGGCAAAGUCAUGAAGUGGUUUAAGCCCGCUUAUGAUGAAUCCAAUCUAGAGGGUUAAUUCAGAAAGCAUAUCCACAAAAAGCUUGGCUUUAAGCCCUCAGAUGACCCAACUCUAAAAAAUCUAAAGGCUGCAAACCCAAGACUAAGAACAUGCAUUACUGCAAUAGCUUACGGCUAUGAUGAAUCAGAGGGUCCCUCUUUUACACCCAGAAUCUUCGAUACCUAAAACCCACUUGAUGAUUCAAAGACUAUAUUGCAAGUUGGCAGAGCUACAUCAGCUGCUCCAACCUAUUUUGCUCCUUCAAAAAUUCAAGAUCAAACUAAUGACGGUACUGUUAAGGAGGUUGAUUUCGUUGACGGCGGAGUCUUUGCAAAUAACCCUGCUGGAUGGGGAUUCGCUCUUGCUGCUACUACUGUUAAAGCUGAAAAUAUCAGAGUUCUCUCCAUUGGAACAGGAUUCAGAGAUUUUAGUCUUGAUUAGAAAGCUGAAGCUGAUCCAAGUUUUUGGGAAAAAUCCAAAGGCACUCUUAAAGGAUGGAAAGAUUCUCUUCUUUAAACUCUUUAAGUAAAAGAUACUUAGGGAGAUAAGAAGGGAGUCGCAAGCUGGUUAAGUGCCGAGCUUUUAGGCAAAUCAGUUUUUGAUGUUCAGAAGCAAGCAGAUCAAUGUCUUGAACUCUUCAAAGAUGUCAUGGGGGACAACUAUUUCAGACUUAACCCAGGACUUACUCAAACUAUCAAGCUUGACAGAGCUGAGGAAGAAGAUAGAAAACUAAUGAGAUAAGAAGUGAGUAGAUAUCUCAAAUCAGAUGAAGGUACUAAAGAUGUUGAAAAAGCCAUUACUUCGCUCUUAACUCCUGAUGACUACUAUGAUAAAGCGUUGUCUUCACUUAUGAAAGCUGCUCUUCUCUUUCAGUAUUGUGAGACUAUUGAUCAAAAUUCUACAAACGAGCAACAUUACCAAGCUUCUGCCUUGUUAAAGCUACUCACCAAGAAGAUUAAUGAUGUGAGCCCAACUGAUGACGAUGUAGAAUAACUUCAUUAAAAGAUCAAAGAAGACAUAGCUAGAACUGCAUUGCACUAUAAGUCAGACAAAGACUACCCUAGCAUUAAGCAACAGGUAACUUAAUAAUCAGAAUGA